UUCAUUGCACAUCGAAUUUGAGCUUGACUCACGCAAACACUGACAUCACAGUAAUGGCCGCUAGGCAUUUUCUGCUUCACCGCCUUCGGCUCCAUAGCUUCCAAGGCUUCACGGUGGCGCCGCCUCAGGGCCACCGUCUGUGGUGCAGCGCCACCUCAUCACCGGAAGAAGCUACCGAGAACGCAUCAGGCGGGACCCACACCGGCUGCUCCGACGUCGAGGUGGAUUAUCCUAAAGGGUGCGUCAAAGAAGAGAAGAUUGUGAGCGACAUUGCCCCGGUCAUUCAGCUGGCCAAACAUAUUAUCUUCUCACCGAGGUACAAGAAUGGAGAGCCAUUGUCUAUGGAGGAUGAAAGAGCCGUAGCAAAGAAUCUUCUUAUUUAUCAUCCGGAUUAUGAAGAUAAAAUCGGGAGUGGUUUGUACGCCAUUACGAUGGUAGCAGGAUCGACUUCUCCUAUCGGGUGUGCCUUAAGGAAUACAUUGAAAAAAAGUACCAAACAAGUGCAGAUAGGUUUGUUAGUAAAAAGUCUCUUAAAGGAUGGACAGUAAUGUAUUAGAAUUUGUGUUGUUAUGAUUUAUCUUUUAAAUCUUCACCAUGAAUGUGGACUCAAUUCUCUGGCAACGAAUGAAACUAUGAAGUAAAGAAGAGAGCUACCACAUUAACUCACAUUUGAACUGUUACCACUUCACGUUGUGCAGAUGAGGCUUGGGAUGUUCGACUAGACCUUUUUGUUGACUAAGGUUACAAAACACAAAUUUACAAAAUUUCGGGAAAAUGAGUCGGAAUUGGAAAGCCUACAAUUUUACCUAUUCUUGAGAGUCCAAAUAAUACUUGGAUUUUAGUGAACAGUGGUUGCGUAUCUAAACGAU